AUGGCGUUGAAAGAACUCAAGUCCAAUGAUUUAGCUUUUUCCUUUGACGAAGAUCAAGCCGUUACCCAACGUAUCGAGGAUAUUGUUCGAAACGUCAAGGAGGACAAUCUGAAUGAGCACACGUUGUCUGAAAAUGAGUUGAAAAAUAUCUUUCACUCCCCAAGCAUCGAAAAGUCUUCAAAGUUCAUUCUCCUAAAGAAGUUGCUAGCGAUGCUCACAGACUUUUCGAAAGUGUCCAAAUUGUCACUCGAAGAACGCGCCAAAUGCCAUGUGAACCAUGACGCUGUCGUUUUGGAAUUGCAAGAGAUGCUCCCGAAUCAGAGCUUGAUUCAGAUUUAUUUCCUUCGCCAGAACUUCGAUCCAGCUCGCGAAUUGAUGGAAAUGCUUUGUAGAAGAAUGAAAUGCAGCGAUGAGUUGAUCAUGUUCGCGGAAAACAUUCGCGAUUGUGUUCCCGCACUGAUGAUCCUCGGCCUCGAAAAUAUCAUCUACAAACGAGUCUUUGACACGCUAUGCGACGCAUUAAUCGAGAAGAGGAAGCUCUUCUUCAAACGAAAGUCGCUCGAUAUUGAGGAAAAGAAGUGUAGAGAUAGCGCUGAGUCUUUCAAAAAUGUGUACGAAUUGGCAAAGUUUUUGGUAUUUUUCGUGGAAUACGUUCUGCCUAUCCCACACGACCGACUGGAGUAUAUCCAGAAGAUCUUGAACCAGAAAUACUUCAUACCCGCGAUUCCCGAUCAGCCGAGAGAAGGUGGAGAGUUGGAGAGAAUCAUCAAAGUACUGCUAGAUGGCGCGUCAAAGUUCAAGUCCGAUUUGCCCAUCAUUUCUCUCUUCGCGGAACGGCUUCCAAAGAUGAUCGACUGCUCGGAGAAGACGAAAGUAAUCGAGCAAAUGCGCCUUAUCUUGUCAGAAGAGUCGCUCCUCGUUGGGCACCCUGAUCAAAGCUCCGAUGAAAUCUGUGAAGCAGGGGAAGAAAUGGGCGUAAAACGCGUACCCAUUAUUAUCUCGGAAAAAUGCUCCGCUGCCUGGAAGUUUAUAAUGGAAAACAGACGAUAUGGAAUAACACUAGUGCAGCUUUGCGCCUGUAAUCUGCAAAAGAAUCGUAACGUGCGAGAUCUCCAUUAUUGCUCAGUGAUUUACAACGACUGUAAAUGGCUCAACGAGUGCUUGGAUCAUUUGACCUCCAGAGUCAAUUAUGAUAAAUCGGAGUUAAUAAAAAUCCCAGCUAUUUGCGCUCUGCUUGACGCCCAAAUGGAACGCAUCUGGGAAGAAAAGACAGACGAGAUGAAAUUGUUCCACGAAAAGAUCAUCGCCGAGAAAUGCAACAGCCUCGACGAGAUCGACUAUCAAGACGUUGAAAGCGAUAUCAGAAAUUGCUUCUCGGAAUUCGUGAUGCGCAUGGAGGAAGACAGAAGUCUCAUGUGUCGAUAUAUUGAAGCGCCAGUAGUUGACACCAUUCUAUCGAAGGUGAUUCUGCAUGUUCUGGAGCAGCUGGAAUGCAAGAUAUUCCUUCUCGAGCGAAUCGAAGCUUGUCAUAUCAAGCCAUUGUUGUCCAUCAUUCAACGAUUAUCCAAGUUUGAUUGCUUUGAAAGUUCCAAGCUGGCGAGCAUCAAACGAAUGCUCGAAUCGAGCCUCAAUGACUUUGCCGUUCUCUGGCAGGAAAAGAAGCUUCUCCUCUCUGAGCAAGAACUGCGUUCUCUCGCUCAAGCGCUCUUCGGCGAAGAAGGAAAGGCCAAAAGCGCCUCUCUCUUUCACUGA